CAUCAUCAGGCCUGCAGGUGCCCGCACUUCUCGAGCAGGUCCAAAAUUGAUUGGGCAAAAAUAAGAUUGCUUGACAUGGAGACCGCAGUGUUCACCUGCUGUCUCCUUUUUCUUUGGUUCAGCCCAGCUGUUCCCAUGUGUUUACCCACUGACUUCACCCUGUAUGUGGAGAGGCCAGAGUGUAAUUUCUGUGUGGCGAUCAACACAACCAUCUGUAUGGGAUUUUGCUACUCAAGGGACAGCAACAUGAGGUAUAGACUCGGCCCACGCUUCCUUAUCCAGAGAGGCUGUACCUAUGACAAUGUGGAAUACCGCACAGCCAUACUGCCCGGCUGUCCUAUCGCCGCUAACCCCGUCUUUACCUACCCAGUAGCUCUCAGCUGCCACUGCGGUGCCUGCAGGACUGACAGCGAUGAGUGUACACACAGGGCCAGCAUGGACGGAGCUAGGUGUACCAAACCAGUGACACGUAUCUACCCGUACCCUGGCCAGAGCAACUACAUGAUCCCUUUCUGAUUCAUCUGUUGUUAUCAGCUUGUCUCUUUCUUUUUCUGUUAAAAUGACCAAGCUGAAACUGCAUGAUUCAUGAAUGUUUUAAGAAGAGACAAACGUAAUCAUUUAGCAUGUGAUGGAUACGGUGACACAUCUACACUGUCUGUACUGGUAUUGUACCAGCCUGUUUUAUUGUGCUUUUGUUGCCCAACGUGUCUGUGCUGCAGCUGGCUUCUCCAGUUACAAUGGUGGGGGGUUGAUCCUAGUGCGUUCUUUUGUCUGUGUCAUUAUUCAUCCUCCUGUACUCGUGUGUGUGACUCCCAGACUUAUUAUGUUUACUCUGAAAGGGAUACUCUGAAUGCAACUCAAUUAAAGCUGAAGUCUCUAAAUAG